ACGAGAGAGGGAAAAAGCCUAGAGAAUGUGGUUUAAACACCAGAGAAGACCCUGAGAGUGUAUGAACCCUUGAAAUUCCUUUGUAUCUACAGAUUCUUCCAUGGAUAGAAACUAUCUUCUCAAUUUUCCUGUCUAUGGACAGCAGUGCAGAUCCUUAGAGAUAUAACUUAUUCAAGAUCAGAGUACAUCUAUCUGCUGGCUUCCUUUAACUCUUCAUUUAGAUGAAGUUAAGCAGAAGCAAUCAUCUUAAAGGCCCUGGUAAAUUACAAGGGAGUUUCUCCCUCAAAAGAGUCGUUGCAUUGUCUAGAAUAUAAUGUCAAUAAGGGGUAAGCAUGAUCCUCUCUUCAUCACCAUCUAUUCUAAUUGUGCAUGUACUUUUCGUUUCUCCUUACAGAUGUAUAGCAGUGGUAACCCGACAAACAUUGCCAACCCUGUUAAAGAUGCCAAUGUUCAGGUUGAUAUUAAAACAGCGAGUGGAAGGUUGACCUUGUACCAAACUACUCUUUGUGAAAGACUCCAAUGGGAUAAGCUCAAUGCUGAUAUUAAUCUUGAUCCCAGAGGUGUUUUGGACACAUAUAAUGAGAAUGAUAUCCAGUUGAUAUGCUGCCAAGCUGAUGCCAGUAUAUUGUGGCUUGUCCCCAAUGUGGUUCAGACGAGAUUCAUUCAGUCCCUUGACUGGGAGAUGGACAUGGAUAUUAUUUUUACUUGGGUACUUACCAGGGACAGGCCAAAGGGCAAGGAAGUUGUGAAAUAUGAAAGAACUAUUGAUCCUCCAUAUCUUCCAAAAAAAUCAGACGUUCAAAAAGUUCUCAAUGGCUCUAUGAACAGCUUUAGGAUAUAUAAUUUAUAUCCAAGAUACUUCCGUGUUACUGGUUCUGGUGAUAUCAGACCUUUGGAACAAGAGGAAAUUUCUGUUAGUGCGGAUCUUGUUAUAAAUCGUGUGGAUAAUGAAUGGUGGUCCUUCCAUGAUGUGAAUUCUUCGAAUGUUACCGGAUGUGGACGUUUGACAGGACCCAUGGCCAUCAUAAUAUCUGAGGAAACACCGCCGCAAGGUAUUAUUGGUGACACUCUCAGCAAGUUCAGCAUAUGGGGGCUGUACAUAACCUUUGUUCUUGCAGUUGGCCGUUUUAUCAGACUUCAAUGCUCUGACUUAAGAAUGAGAAUCCCCUAUGAGAACCUUCCUUCCUGCGACAGGUUGAUAGCCCUAUGUGAGGAUAUAUAUGCUGCAAGAGCAGAGGGUGAGCUUGGAGUAGAAGAGGUACUUUACUGGACGCUGGUGAAGAUUUAUAGGUCACCACACAUGCUGCUUGAGUACACCAAAACUGAGUAGAAGAAUCCAAUGCAAAUGCUGCCUUCACUUCCCAACAACUUCUCACACCUAGGUAUAGCAGAAGAAGGUACUAACUAGCAUUCAUUUAUAUUGGUAGGAUACAACCAAUCACAAUUCUUCUCUUGCGCUCCUGAGAAGCUCUCUGGCCAUACUAAAUCUCCUUUAAUUUUGGUUACUGAAUUCUAGAUGUUUAUCAUACCGGCAUUCCGGCAUCUUGUGCUCUAAAUUUCCCUAUGUAUUUGUGCUACAUAUGUGCAUCUGGAAUUCUAUUCAACAAAAUCAGAUAGAACCAUACUAAUUAGGAAAAAAAAUUACUUCAAGUUUCUCUC